CUCAAAGUUGGUUAUUUGAAUUCAACGGUUUGUUUAAUCCCACGAAUUCCUGUUAAAUCUUUCAAAUAAUAAUAGUUGUGCGGUAUGUGGACUUCAUCUGCUUGUACUUAUACGAAAAUGUCAUCAAUGUGUUGUAUCAUUAUAUACUAGUGGUGUGCAUUACUUAAAAUCCUGGUUAGUGGUUAGUAUUUAACAGAGAAGUGACUUGUAGUCUAGCACGUUACACAUUUGUUUUGUUUUAUUUUGUAACUUAAAAUAUCAAUUUACUAUUUAUUUAAGCUUUUGAACAAUGAGUAAAACAGAUAUGAUUGAAAGUGACAGUAAGUGGGUGGAAGAAGAUUUAAUCAAGCUCUCAUUCAAAGAAUUAAAGAAAUUGGCUAAAGAAAAUAGUAUCAAGGCUAAUUCUAACUCUAGAAAGGCUGAUCUUGUGAAAGCUUUAUUAAACUCCAGCACAGUCAAUAUUUCACUCAUUGAUAAAAGUGACAUAAUGGAAACGGAUACAAGGGUAAGGAUGACAAGAUCAAGAGCUAGUAUGUUCCAACCUCUGAGUGCCAUGCAGGAUGAAUUAUCCACUUCAAAUAAAAUAUCAGACACUACAGAUGAAAAAGAACAAUUUGAUAAAGAGAUGGAAUCGAGUAAUAAAAUUAAAAGAAAGAACAAAAGUAAAAUUAAAUCAGAAAUUAAAAUAGAUAUUCAAACUAAAGAACUUGUAAGUUCCAAUCCAACUGAGAUUUUCAACAUUGUAAGUAGUAUUCAAAAAAAGAGUAGUCGGCCUUUAACUGAAAUCACAAAUAAUGAUGUUCUGUCCAAAAAAGAAUCCGAGCAAAUAAAUUGUACUGAUAACAAAAAUCUGAGCAAACCCAAAAGAAGAAAAGGAAAAGCUCUUAUAAAAAGUUUGUCCACUGAAACCUUAAAUGUUGAAAGUAAAACAGAGUGUGAAACACAAUGCUUUAAGAACGAAUCAGAUGAGAUAAAAAAAGAAGAAAUUAAUUCUUCUAUUACUAUGACUUUUGAUGACAGAAAAACUGUAAAGAAAAGUAAAGGCAAGGGCAAGAAAGCCAAAAUAGCAGACGAAAGUGUAACAAAGGAAGUGGAAAGUUCUGUUGAAGAACCAAGUACAAAUAAUCAAUCUGAAAAUGUAGAUGCUGAAAACAAAACAUCAUUGGAAAUUCCAUAUUGCGAGGAUAAUGAGAAAGAACUUAAUAAUGUCCCCAUCACAAUUGCUGAUAAUAAAAAGCCUCGAAAGAAGACAGGAGGUCGAGGUAAGAAAGCUAAAGAGCAAGAAAGGAACCUUGAAUCAGAAGAAAUCUGUUCGAAUGUCACCACAGAGUUGAGUAUUGAUUGUCGAACUGAAGAACGUUUGACCCAUGAUAAUUCACCUGUUGAAGAUAAAAGAAGGAAACGAAACCGUAACAAAAGUAAUGAGAUGGAAAACUCUGCACAGAACACUAAUUCUAGUGUGCUACCUAAAGAUGGACAGUGUGAGCCCAAAAAACAGAGAUUACGAAAAACAAGUAAAGAGAAUUAUGACAGGAGUGUUAAAAAAGAAGAACCAGUUUUAGCAGAGUCUUUGAUGGUGCCGGAAUCAAAAGAUAAGUCUUUAACUAGUGAAACACAAAGCAACUCUAUUAUGUCAGACGUAACUGAAAUUCCAUCUACUUCUAAUUCAAGAAGAAAUAUUAAGAAUGCAGAAUGUAAAAGCAAUAACUCUAAACUGAGAGUAGAUUCGUCCCAAAAUACAAACUUGACAGAAACCAUGGACGCUAACAAAUCUUCCACAGACGAAACCCCUGAUAUUACCAAGAUGCCUGUUCGUACUAGUAAUGUGUCAUCUGUCACCACCGACAGUGCAGGUACUUCGAGAAAGACUAGAAGUUCUCAAAAUAUGAGCAAAUUCGAGCCACCUUUGCGCAGCAGCACUUUUGUUAUUGAAGAAGGAGCUGGUGGGCAAACUCCAAGAAGCUCCUUGUCAAAAAACCAGGCUGACGACCUGCCAAGCUGCAGCAAAACCUUUCUUGUAGAGGAGGAAGCUUUAGAAACAAAAUCAACGCCGGUUCAACUGGCACAGAAAGUGGAGAAGUCUAUUGGGGCAAGAAUUUUGUCUGUCUCUAUGAAGAAAGGAAAUAUAAAACCUCUGGUCAAACAAGCAACAGGUUCUUCAACAGUGACGAAAAGCAGCAUUACCAAAGCAAAACAUUCAAAUACACCAGGCUCUGUAUACAAGACCAAGUUUGGUGUCGCAAAGAAACCGCCAAACUUCAAGUCACUCCAUAAGAAACUAUUUCAAAAUAUGGAGUCAAUUGAUGAGAACAAGCAACGAACUAUGGCACGUGCUCAGGCUUUGAUAUCUUCACCAGCAGUCCCCAGGUGUGCUUUACUGAGUCCUAAACCUGAAGUGGCAAAACAUACUACAAGUUCUAAAAAAGCACCGGGGCGUAAUUUCCUUUCACCAUUGGUAAGGACACCUUUCCAGAGUAUCCAGAAGGAUAAACCUGUUCGUAAACCUGCUUCUCCUUCCCCUUCUGUUAAUCGGUUUGGUUUUAAGAAGCCCGUUAAGAGGCUAGACAGCUCUACGAUCAAAAAUAAGCUACCUAACACAAAUUUGGCGAAGAUAAAGGAUCAGGAAAGGCAGAUCCUGCAAGGUGUCAGAAUGAAUAAAAGAUUCUUUCUUCAAAUGAAGAUGAGGGAGGGCAAGCAAUAACAGUGCCUAUGGACAAAGAAGCCUUAGCAAGGCGAUAAACAGCUGUUUUAUAGUACAUAACUGUUACACCAUUACAUUUUAUUAAAUAAGUCUAAAUACCUAUUAACAUUUAUGGAAAUUCAAAAUGCUAAUUAUAAAAAUUAUAUUUAGUAGUAAAUUUCCAAUGCCCAGUAAAUUUUCCCCAUAGGUAAAAAUAGUGAUGAAUGGCCACGCAUAUAUUUAACUAUUUUAACAUGCUAUAUAUAACAACAGUUAAAAAUCUACAUAAUUAAUUAUAUAAAGUACAAUGCUAUCAUAUUACACUUUCUUGAUAGUUGCUAUUCUGUGAUACUGUAAUAUACAGAAUAUAAAAAACUUUGAGUCAAAAUGAUUAUUCAGUUUCUUAACCCUCUUAGAUUACAAAUUCCUAAAUUAAGUCAAUAAGUACAUAAAAUGCUGAGGUCGGCUACACAUUUUUUUAAAUAUGCUGUUGUCUUAUAAUGCUACUGACUAUUGAAAGUGUCAUUGUGUUGGUUUUCACAUUUUUGAUGUCCUUGGAGUGUAUACAACUAAUAUGUCUGAGCAAAAGAAGCAAGUCAUUCUAUUCAGCUGGUCUAUCGAUGUUCAGCAGCUAUAGUUCUAUUGUAUAUAGUCUUGAAUGUUAACUGUUUCGUAACUUACUAUUAUUUAGUUGAUUUAUUGUUAGUUGUAAUAAAUCAUAGUACAGAAGUAAACUAAAAGUUGAUGAUAUAUUAAGUGUUGUAGAUAAGUAAAUCCAGAAUAUAUUUCAAGCUAAUUGUU